AAACAAAUAUUUCUAACAUCUUUAUUCAUCUACUUUAUUGUGAUCUUUCAAGAGCUUCGAGUGUCCUUAGGAUUACUAUUAUAUUUUCAUAUCUAUUUUUGCGUUUCGAGAUUUGUUCAGCAAUUGCAUUGUUUUCUAACGACAGUAAUACAGGCGUUGGUGCAUUUAUUGAAACAAUAAAUUACAGAUUAUAGUAUGUCCAAAGCUACCAAGCGGAAACAUGUGGAGAAAGAAGUUCAGGAGGAUUUUAGUAUGCCCACUGGGAAGCAGAGUAUCGUCCAACUCCUAGAAUCCAGGGGUAACAAUCUUCACGAGGUUAGAGACCCCUCAGGGGACCAAUAUUUGGUCUCAAUGCCCACCAAGUUUCGCAGAAGUAUAUGGGUAAAGAAGGGUGAUUACGUCUUGAUAGAACCGAUAACAGAGGGUGACAAAGUCAAGGGAGAAAUUGUUCGAAUACUCACAAAGGACCACAUCCAGAUUUAUCGAUCACAGAAUUGUUGGCCGCAGGAAUUCGAUUUGAAGCAAAAAAAGAGUGAGACAUCUGAACACGAUUCUAAGAUGGCCAACAAAGGAAUAAUCGAUGAAACGAAGAAAAGUGAUGAUAAUGAAGAUGAUGACGAAGACAAUGAUGAUGAUCUCUUUGUAAAUACAAAUCGACAAUCUUGUUAUCAUGAUACUACAGAAUCUGAAAGCGAUACAAGCACAGACCUGUCAGAUUCAGAUUGACGAAAAUAUAAUCUAUGCUAUUUUAAUUUACCAUAUAAUCUCAAGUUUUCCUUUUCUAUAUAAUGUAAUAGUCCAUUAAUUAUUUUACAGUAUAAGAGUCUGUAUUAAAAGUUAAGAGAAUUUAAUAAUAGAAUAUAUUUUUGAUAAUGGAA